AUGACGUAUCGCUUAGAUUCCACCAUUCCGAUUCCAUACGGGCAAGUAUUGCAUCGUCCGGUUCGUGAACAACCAGAUUUAAAACAAAUUCUCGUGAAAAAGACUAAAUUGAUAGCAUGGGUUGUUAGUAAUUGCGUGACUGAGAGUCAAAGACGAAAAUAUGUUCAACUUCUUCAAACGCAUCUUCGUGAGCCAGUGGAUAUUUAUGGAGGAUGCGGUGGGAAUUAUUCUCAUUGCUACCCCAAGAAGUCUUUUCUUGACACCAAUGAUUUCACCACGACCAAAGAAUUGGCUGAAUAUAUUCAUUGUUUAGACAGAAAUGAUACGGCAUACUUGGAAUAUUUAUCAAAUAAAGUUUACAUACGAUAA